AUGGUUUGUAAAUCAACAUAUUUCAAGUCUAAAAAUUUUCAUGAUUCAGGUAUNAAAGGAGAUCCUAAAUUAUUUCUAGAAGAAUUUGAUCUUAUUCGCAAAACAUUAAAAAUAGAGAAAAAAUUGAAUGAACUUAUAGAAAAUCAUUUGUAAUGUUUUGGCCCAAAAAAAUGUGGUCCUAAUCUUUUAAUUAACAAAAUGAUUAAGCCAGAAGAUUCAUUAGUUUAAAAAUUAAGAUAGCAAGUUUAAAAUCUGCCUUAAUAACCUUUAAUAUAAAACUAAUAAAUAAUUCAAAUAGACUUUUAAUAGUAAGCUGAAGAAUAAUAUUAAAUUUAAUAGCUUGAGGAAAAAAUUGAAUCAACAAAAGAUAGCAAAUCUUAAUUAAGCGAUACAACUGGGUCAAUAGCAAAAGGUUUAGAAAUGUAUUUAAGUUAAUAAGAAUUAUCUUAAGAUGCUAUGAAUAAUGCUCUUAAUUUAGGAUUCGAUUUAGCUCUAAAUGCUGGGCCUUUGUGUGCAGAACCUAUUAUUGGAGCAUGCUUUAUAAUUGAAUAAAUAAAAUUUUCUGAAGAGGAGUAAUAAUUAUAAUAGGAUACAUAUGGACCAAUUAGCGGCUAAUUAAUAUCAAUGAUGAAGGAUGCUUGUUUUAAUUCAUUUUUAGGAGCUCAACCUAGAUUAGUAGAAUCUGUUUAUAAAUGUACACUUUAGACAGAUUUUACUAAUUAUGGUAAAAGUAUUGAUGUUUUAAAUUAACGAAGAGGAUAUGUUUUAAACGAGAUUCUAAAUUCUUGCACUUCAUUAUUCACAGUUUAAGCUAGAUUACCUUUAAGCAGCUCUUUCGAUUUUUAUUGUUAGAUAUAGUCUGCAACAUCUGGACAUGUUUCUGCUCAAUUAGAUUUUGAUGGAUGGUCUAUUAUUUAAGAAGAUCCAUUUUAUUAACCAUAUACUGACGAUGUAAUAAAUUCAAAUAUUUUUAGGAUAUCGAAGAAAAUGGAAUGCAAAAAGUCGAAAGAAAUAUUGCACGUGAUUUGAUCAUGGCGACUAGAAAAAGGAAAGGCAUGAAUUUCGAAGAAAAAAUAAUUGUUGCUGCAGAUAAAUAAAGAAAUUUAUCGAAAAAAAAAUGA